GAUUUAUGACGUCACAACACCAAAGAUGGCUGCAAGGUUGCUGCUUCAGAGCGACUGGCCCAAGGUUUUGAGGCAAAAUGAAGGAGAAGCCUGGGUCUCGUGCAAAAUACCCGGAAAACCAACACUGUAUGGAACUUUGAAGUGUCACGGCAUUAGUGAUGAGGGUGUCCCAGACCUUGUAGCAUCAGAAGAAUUUAGAGUUCUUGAAAUCUCCAAGAAAAGUCUUCAUAUAUCCUGUCCAGAACUAAACACAUCAGCAAAAUUCCUUGCCCCACACACAUCCUUUGGACAAAUCCAUGAUAAAAGCGUAACUUGCAUUGAUGUAUCAUGUGGUGGAGGUCUUGGUGUGUCAACAAGCACAAAUGGUACUCUGAAGGUAUGGAACUGCACCAAUGGAGAAAAAAGGAGGGAUCUAUCCGGCCACAUAUAUGAUGUCAAUUGCUGCAGGUUCUUUCCUUCAGGAGUGGUAAUUCUAAGUGGUGGGAUGGAUGCCCAAGUCAAGGUUUGGUCAGCAGAAGAUGGAAGUUGUCCUGUAACAUUUAAAGGACACAAAGGAGGCAUUUUAGAUACCGCUAUUGUGGACAAAGGACGAAAUGUUUUGUCUUGUUCAAGAGAUGGGACAGCUCGACUAUGGGAUUGUGGAAAGUCUACAUGUCUUGCAGUUGUGGCUGAUUGUGGGUCACCCAUUAAUGGCUGCUCUGUUGGGGUUGCUGACAAUACAAUAAACCUUGGUUCACCUGAGGAGAUGACAAGUGAACGUGAAGUGGGGACAGAGGACAAGUUAUUGCUUCUAGCUCGGGAGGAUAAAAAAUUAGAAGGAAGAGGACUUCAAAGUCGACAGUGUGUAUUUCUUUUUGAAGGAUCUGAUGCUUUUAACUGCUGCACAUUCCUCUCAAGUGUGUACAUUGUGGCUGGAACUCAAAAUGGAAACAUUUACAAAUUAGAUACAAGAAACACAAGAGCACCCGUAACCACCAUACAUAGAUCAGGAGCUCCAGUUCUAUCCUUAAUGCCAUACCAGGAAGGUUUCUUCGUAAGUCAAGGUGAUGGGAGUUGUUAUUUAAUUCAACAAGAUUUUGACCAUGUAAUUGAACUAACGGGGCCUGACAUUGACCCAGUUUACAAGGUAGCUACAUGGGAAAAGUGUGUUUUUACCUGCUGCAGAGAUGGAUAUAUUAGAAAAUACCAGCUGUCUGAUUUAUGAAUACAAUCGCAUUUAAGGAGUUGACUUUGGAACAAAGUUGUAUUUACACACUUGUGGAGAAAGACUUGAUAGCAACAGUGCUAGCAAAAAAACAAUGCACAUUACUCAUCUAUAAAUAAAUGUUAUAUUUUCAAAUAUGAAA